AGGGAACGCUUUCUCCGGGGAACCGCGGCUGUGACCGAGGUGGCCCGCCUCAGGCGGCCAGGUACGUAGGUUCGGCAGCCUGGCUUGAGCUGCGGUGGAAGCGAGUGGGCGGGCCGUCAGAGCAGGGGUGUCGCCGGGACCCGAACUCCCAGGUCCACUUAGAGCCCGUCGUUGUGCGAAGCGGCCACGUCUGAGCCCCGGGGGCGGACCCGUGCUGGGGAUAUCGCCGUGUGACCUCGACCAGGAUACCCCCUCCCAAGGUCUUGUCCUGUUGAUGGACGCCGUCCGGUCCCUGUAAGCACCGUCGAGGCAGGAAGCCCGCCCUUUCGAAAGCCGUGCAAGGGGUUGGGGUGGGUGCAUCUUAGCUGACCCCAUCCCUGUUUGAGGUCUGUCGGCUCUGCCCUUCAGCGUGCACCCAGGAUGGGUACCCCCGCCUCUGUGGUGAGCGAGCCACCCCUGGGGCAGGCCCCGACGGAAGCCCGGGGCCGCAAGCAGGCCUCGGCCAACAUCUUCCAGGACGCUGAGCUGCUGCAGAUCCAGGGCCUGUUUCACCGUAGCGGGGACCAGCUGGCCGAGGAACGAGCGCAGGUCGUCUGGGAGUGUGCAGGGGACCACCGUGUGGCGGAGGCCUUGAAGAGGCUGCGCAGGAAGAGGCCCCCUCGGCAGAAGCCCCUGGGCCCCUCACUACACCACUGCAGCCGGCUCAGAAUCACAGAGCCCCGCGCUCCACCGGCUGACCCACAGAGCAGUGCCACGGAGGUGGCUUCCAGCGGGCACUAUCUGAACUCCAGGAGGACCAGUGCCAGGAUCCGCCGGAACUGGAGGAAGCCAGGUCCCACAGGCUACCUUCGUCAGAUCAGACACUGAUCCAGGAAAGGGGCUGGGAACAGCUGUAUCUUUCCCAGGAUUCAUAGGGACUUUUGCCAAAGGGUCUGGGGAGGAGAAGAAGGAAGAGAGCUGAGGCAGACAGCCCCACUGCUGCCACUGGCCUGCUCGAGUCAGAACAGGCCCGGAGGCUUCCACUGAGCUGUUAUGUGGGACCCAUUCCUCACCAGAUUGAGGAGAAAUAGUGACUGUUCCUACCCCAGCCCUUCUCAAUUUUUUUUUUUUUUUUUUUU